AUGGUCGGCUUCAUCCGUGAAGUAGACUAUUCGAGGUGGGUGUCCAAUGUAGUUAUGGUGAAAAAAACCCCCGAGAAAUGGAGAAUGUGCGUCGAUUUCACGAACCUCAACAAAGCUUGCCCGAAAGACAGCUUCCCGCUCCCCUGGAUCAACCAGCUCGUCGACGCCACCGCCGGUUUCGCACUCCUCAGUUUCCUAGACGCCUACUCCGGAUAA